AUGACUGGGUACCCAAACUCCCAUCUAGUGCCGUUCCUUGGAAGCAGUUCAGCAUCAAAUAUGCUCGCUCUAGGUGAUCACGAACUUGUUGAGAGUCCACAUCUCUUUGAUUUUCCCGUCGACUAUUUCUUCGAUGAUUUUCCAAGCAAUACCGAGGGGCCGUCCAGGAGACUCGUUCUCACUACAAACCAUCACAACCCGAAUCCUAAGGUUCCAAUAUCUCGCAUGAGUACCCCGAUAAGCUGGAACAACAGAGCCCGUGUUAGUCAAGCAUGCAAAGCUUGCCGCCAGCUUAAAACCAAAUGCAGCGGCCAGCGACCGGUGUGUCAAAGAUGUGAAGACCUCGGGCUUGACUGCAACUAUAGUGAGCGAAAGCGGGAGGUGGUCAACAAAAAAAUGGAAGACUUGAGCGCACAUAUUGAUACGUUAGAAAAUCUGUUGCGUGAUGUCUACCCCAAGCUUGACAGCACCUCUGCCCAGCAUGUUGACCGAACACUGAACAACGGUUUGAGCCACGAUCGGGCUAGGCUGAAUUUGUGUCCCCUAGCAGCAGAGCGCUCCAAUACACCAAAGGCUCCACCGACUACUUUCGGUCACACAGAUGAAGAUUUCAAUCGUAACGGGGAAUUACAGGCACUAGGAUUUGUGGGUGAGCACUCAGAGAUGGCAUGGCUGUACAGAAUCAAGUCUGCACUGGAACAAGCCUCCGCCACACCAUCUACGUCGCAGGAAACUACGCGUCGACUGUCCAUCGCUUCCAUAAAUUAUUACAGAGCUGACUGGAGGAUGGAGGUGCAAGAUGAAGUUAGUGUGUUUGAGAGGCCAGAGAAGUCCGAGGCGGACCAGCUCAUCGACACCUAUUUUCGAAUCAUCCACCCAUCAUUCCCUGUCGUUGGCAAAAUGACUUUCCUUGGUCAAUACAAAUUGUUUUACGCCGAUACAACUGCCCGACCUAGGAAGCAAUGGCUAGCUAUUUUGAACUUCAUGUUCGCCAUUGCCGGAAUGCACUUAUCACCCACGCAGAAUAUUACCGAGUGUGACGAAUUCCCACAUCGGGUUUUUUUUUCACGGGGAUGGAUACUUAGUAUGGACAAGGCAUCAUUGCGAGAUCAUUCAAGCUUGCAGCAAGUACAAGUGGAAUGCUUAGCAGCGUUCUACCUCCUUGCUAGUGGGCAAGUCAAUAGGUCUUGGAAGUGCUGCGGCAUUGCAAUCUGUUCUGCUCUAGCUAUGGGGCUCAACCUCCGUAAUGAAAGCCAGAUUGUGGCCCCUUUAUCGAAAGAGAUUAGAUAUCGGGUGUGGUGGGCACUGUAUGUACUUGAUACUUCGCUUGCAGAGAUUACUGGCCGUCCCUCGAGGAUUAACGAGGCAUUUUGCACAACACCACCCCCAGUUCCCUUUGAGGAGGGGGAUUUGGAUGUCCGGUUUGCCCAGAAGAACUUCAACGAAAACAAGGAUUUAACUCAGUCGGCGUUAAACUUCUUUAACAACGUAGGGAGGAGUUCCUUGAAAAAUGAUCAGGACAAAGAUGGACUACUGGGACGCUCAGUUUCAAGAUGUCAAUUGCUUAGCACCGAAACUAUCGUCCUUUCCAUCCCAGAAUCGCCCCAGCCAAGCGAUUCUUUGUCCUUUUCAUAUGGGGUGGAAUUGACAAUACUCAUGCGUGAAGCAAUUGACAAAAUUUACGCUCCUGGUACAACCCAUAAACAAUGGGUGGAAGUGGAAAGAAUUAUUGCUUCAUUCAAUACCAAAGCCAACACUUGGCUCGCCUCGCUUCCGGCAUCUUACCAAUUCCAAACGAUCUCUGAGAACGAGCCACUGAGGCAUCAGCUGUCUAGGGUUGCUCUCCAGUUCUACUCCGUCAAGCUUGUCAUCACACAGCCGUGCCUUCAACGAAUUCUUCAUAGUAUCACAACGACUUCUGACGCAUCUGAGGAGGUUUCCGAUCCAAUGGCGGAAACCUGCAUUCGGGCCGCAGGUCAACUACUGGACUUGCUGCCAGAUGAACCAAACUUGACCUGGCUGCAUGGGGUCGUUCCAUGGUGGUGCGCUCUCCAUUAUCUAAUGCAGACCAUCACUAUCAAUUUGACUGAAUUAUUUCUCUGUACCAAAGCUGGCACAAAUGAAAACAUUGCAAUCUCUAUGAAGUUGCAAAAAGCUUUAGCGUGGCUCAAAACAUUGUCAAAAGUGAAUAUCUCCGCUCAAAAAGCCUGGCUUAUUUCUUCGGAUAUCAUCUCACAUCCAGGGUUGAAACUUGGCUCGGUUGCUUGA